UGGCUGCCAGGGCGUGAGCGUCGGUGAAUUCGUGCACCCGGAAGAAGGAAGGGAGCGGCCUUCUUGCAGCUGGCGGCGUCUCGAAGCUGCUGCCCGUGUCCAGGACUUGAGCUCAGUCCAGUGGAACCUUCGCGGCUCCAGCGUUCGAUUCUGUUUCCCCAACGUUCUCUCCCCUCCGGUCGCCGCUUUCCAUUGGCCGCUGCGCCUCCUUUGAUCAGCAACGUCCUGCGUCGCCAUUCGGAGCCCGAGCAGCCGAUUCCCGACCGGCCCUUCCCCAGUGCUGCAUGAUGAGCAGCGAGCCCUCGCCCGACCCUGCGGCGUCAACCAUGGCAUCAUACACCUGCAUCACUUGUCGUGUGGCUUUCAAAGAUGCUGAAGUUCAGCGCGCUCAUUACAAGACUGACUGGCAUAGGUACAAUCUGAAGCGGAAAGUUGCGGAGAUGCCACCUGUGACUGCCGAGAACUUCCAGGAGAGGGUUUUGGCCCAGAGAGCAGGGCUGGAGGAGCAGGAUAAGGCCACGGCUAUGUAUUGCACAGCUUGCAGCAAGAGAUUUUCCAACUUCAAUGCUUAUGAGAACCACCUGAAGUCGAAGAAACACUUGGAGCUUGAAAAGAAAGCUGUCCAAGCUGUCAGCAAGAAGGUAGAACUCCUGAACGAGAAGAACUUGGAGAAAGGCCUUGCGCAAGAGAAUGACAAAGAUGCAAUGAAUGCUGCUAUCCAGCAAGCCAUCAAAGCUCAGCCGUCCUCAUCUCCAAAGAAGGUUCCGUUGUUGUCCGGGGAUGCUACUGGUUCUCCAGUUGCUGCAGAAAGUAGCGAUUCAUUACAGAGCAGAGAGCGCAUAGAGAAAGCUCCCCGACUACAAUGGUUUGAAGAACAAGCCAAGAAGCUGGCCAAGCAGCAGUCCGAGGAUGAAGGGGAGGAUGAAGAUAUGGAGGAAGGCUGGGAGGAUGUAGACACAGAUGAAGAUCUAGAGUCUGAAGAAGGACAAGCAGAAGGAAUCUCAGAUGAAACAGAAGAGGGUGCAUCUGGGAAAGAUCAUCUCAGCGCUGAUGCAAUCCCGAUAACAGACUGCCUAUUCUGUUCCCACCAUUCAAGCUCUCUCAUGAAGAAUGUGGGCCACAUGACAAAGGUCCAUAGUUUCUUUAUUCCAGACAUAGAAUAUGUCGUAGAUCUCAGAGGACUGAUUCAGUACUUGGGAGAGAAGGUCGGAGUUGGGAAGAUAUGCCUGUGGUGCAAUGAGAAGGGGAAAUCCUUUUAUACGACAGAAGCCGUGCAGGCACAUAUGAAUGACAAAAGUCACUGUAAGCUCUUCACAGAGGGAGAUGCCGCCCUGGAGUUUGCAGACUUCUAUGAUUUCAGGAGCACUUACCCUGACUAUGGAGAAGGAGAGCAUGUGGAGAUGUCUGACGAACUGCCACUGGAGAAAAACUUAGGAUAUGAUGAUGAAUCUAUGGAGUUGGUUUUACCUUCAGGAGCCAGGAUUGGUCACCGUUCCUUAAUGAGAUACUACAAGCAGCGGUUUGGUUCCUCACGAGCUGUUGCCGUUUCUAGAAAUAAGCAGGCAGUGGGAAGAGUGUUGCAACAGUAUAAAGCCCUGGGUUGGACAAGCAGUACAGGAGCAGGGCUGGCUCGUGAGCGUGACAUGCAGUACCUUCAGAGGAUGAAAGCAAAGUGGAUGCUGAAGACCGGCAUGAAGAAUAACGCUACAAAGCAGAUGCACUUCCGCAUGCAAGUCAGGUUCUGAGAGUGUCUGAAGAUGCACAUUGAAAGCCUGAGCUUUCCUUUUCCUCCUGGCGAUAGAAUAGGGGAUUCAGUAACUGAGGACUGUGGCACUGAAAUGGAGGCUCCGUGCAUGCUGCUGUUUCAAAAUCUUUCCCACGGCGAAUUUCCAGUCCAAUAAUUUUUUUUUCCUGUCAUACUUCAGAUCAAUAAAGCUUAUGCAUAAAACGCA